AGGUGAGGACGACUCCAUAUCUAAUGCGUGGUCGUGCGGGAUGGAGCGCUCUCCAUCUCGGAGCAUGACGUGAUAGAGACAUCGGUCUCUAUCACAGGGUUAAGACUCUCCUGCUCGGCCACGUUUAUCACCGUAUAUACUAAGACUCAUCAAGCAACCUUGCUAAGUUAGGAUUGCACUUCAUACCCGGUUACGCCCAUUACAAGUUCCGCCCAUUACCAGUUACGCCUCUGUCUUGCACUCCGCAAUCAGACCCCACUCGUGGUAUGCGCUACAAUCACAGUCGAGGGUUGAGAUUGCAGCCUUUAAACGGGCAAACAUGGCAACAGGAGGAGGAUCAGCACCUAAGCCACUGAGCCACAUUGCAUCGGUGGUGUAUAGUGUCAUUGGGUCAGACACCAGCAUAAUGGGCCUUGAGGGUGCAACUGAUCCGUCAAUGCAGCUGCUAAUGGAAAUAGAGGGGCCAAAUGGAAACCCAGGUCCUUCAGAUGCAAGUAAUUUUCCUCUUCCAGCACCUCUUCCUCUUCCAGCACCUCUUCCUCUUCCAGCACCUCUUCCUCUUACUGCACCUCUUCCUCUUACUGCACCUCUUCCAGCACCUCUUCCUGCACCUCUUCCUCUUACUGCACCUCUUCCUCUUACUGCACCUCUUCCAGCACCUCUUCCUCUUACUGCACCUCUUCCUCUUCCAGCACCUCUUCCUGCACCUCUUCCUCUUACUGCACCUCUUCCUGCACCUCUUCCUCUUCCAGCACCUCUUCCUCUUACUGCACCUCUUCCUCUUACUGCACCUCUUCCUCUUACUGCAUUUCUUCCAGCACCUCUUCCUCUUACUGCACCUCUUCCAGCACCUCUUCCUGCACCUCUUCCUCUUACUGCACCUCUUCCAGCACCUCUUCCUGCACCUCAUCCUCUUACUGCACCUCUUCCUCUUCCAGCACCUCUUCCUGCACCUCUUCCUCUUACUGCACCUCUUCCUCUUACUAAACCUCUUCCUCUUACUGCACCUCUUCCUCUUACUGCACCUCUUCCAGCACCUCUUCCUCUUACUGCACCUCUUCCUCUUACUGCACCUCUUCCAGCUUCCUCUUCCACAAUCCCAUCACCUGCCUCUCCCCUCAGUCCUGCUGCUGGUGCAAAGCCAUCACCCCUGAAAGAAAAGAAGAUGAAAAUGGAAAUGCGUGUGUUAAAAAGGCAGAAAAGGGUUCUUGAUGCAAAAGAUAGGCUAAUACAAUUAAAGUCUGAAUAUUACACUCUAAAGAUUGCAAAAAUGCAAAGGGAAUAA